AUGUCGCACUUCGACAGGAUUUUGGGCCCGCAGUUCCGGCAGGGGAAGCGAAAGCCGUUGAUCGACGUGGACGACAAGGCCAUAGAGAAGGAGGUCAACGACAUCGCGCAUAUUCUCCAGGAUCGCAUGACCACCAAGUACAAGUCGGUGCAGGAUGCAUUCCGCGCAAUCGAUCUCAACAAGGACGGGGGUGUGUGCCUCCAGGAGAUGAAGACGUUCUUCCGCAACAUCGGGAUGUCCUACUCCCAGGCCGAGAAGGUCUUCGCGGCGCUCGAUACCGACGGCACCGGCGACGUAAAGUACAACAAGUUCAUCGGCUUGUUUGGCAACCAGAAGAGCAAGGAGGCACUCGAGACCGAGAAGGCCCAGCCGCUGUGGAAGCUCUACGGCGGGGCCGCGCUCUGCGUAUGA